AUGGCGAGUGACGAAGAUCCAUUCUACGCCGCUGCGGCUAUUCUGAAAACCCUGGCCGUUGAACCUCCACCGAGUGAUGAUGAUACAGAUAUUCCUAAGAAGGCAACAAACGGCUUUGCCAAGAAGCGCAUCCAACUCCCUGGGGAGAGUACGCCAGGGAAACUGGCAUUCACCGUCGAAUUAGAGCUAUUAAUGCGUCGAGUGCAUGAUCUAGAGACAGAACUACAGUACAAGAGACCCCGCAGAUCGCGAAGACUCAAGCGCAAAUACGAUGAUGAUGAUGAUGACGAUGAUGAUGAUGAUACCGCUGAUGAAGACGAUGACGACGACGACGAGGAGUCCGAGGAAAGCGACGAUGAUCAUGCCGCCAAUGGAGCUGUUGUCAGUCGCCGUCGAGCACUGCGCGGUGGAGCGGAAACCCUUCGUUCACUUCAAAAUCAUGUCGAAAAACAAGCCCAUGAAAUCAGCAUACAAAAGGACAUUAUUGCCCGGGUCCGAGAAGAACUUGAUAUGCAAGAAGAACGUACGCGGCGGACACUAGUAAAAGUCGAGCAUGAGGAUGUCGGGGUUUUACAACGUGAAUUGCGGAAACAUCAACAAGCCAAUGAGGCGUUCCAGAAGGCAUUACGAGAAAUUGGUGGUAUCAUUACACAGGUCGCGAAUGGUGAUCUCUCCAUGAAGGUUCAGAUCCAUCCGCUGGAGAUGGACCCAGAAAUUGCAACUUUCAAACGUACAAUCAACACUAUGAUGGAUCAAUUGCAAGUGUUUGGUAGUGAAGUGUCAAGGGUCGCCCGUGAAGUCGGAACAGAGGGAAUACUUGGUGGACAAGCUCAGAUCACCGGCGUGCAUGGUAUCUGGAAGGAAUUGACAGAAAACGUCAACAUCAUGGCUAAAAAUCUCACCGAUCAAGUGCGCGAAAUCGCAACCGUCACCACUGCUGUCGCACACGGUGAUCUUAGUCAGAAGAUUGAAAGUCGUGCCCAUGGUGAAAUAUUUGAACUCCAACAGACCAUCAAUACCAUGGUGGACCAACUUCGUACUUUUGCUACGGAAGUCACUCGCGUCGCCCGUGAUGUCGGUACUGAGGGUGUCUUAGGUGGACAGGCUCAAAUCGAAGGCGUCCAAGGCAUGUGGAAUGAAUUGACGGUUAAUGUGAACGCCAUGGCCAACAAUUUGACAACGCAAGUGCGUGAUAUUGCCAACGUCACAAAAGCAGUCGCCAAGGGUGACUUGACACAAAAAGUGCAGGCCAACUGUAAAGGAGAAAUCGCUGAGCUCAAGAAUAUUAUCAAUUCCAUGGUGGACCAGCUUCGGCAGUUCGCCCAAGAAGUCACGAAGAUCGCCAAGGAAGUCGGUACAGACGGUGUUCUUGGUGGUCAAGCAACUGUUCAUGAUGUCGAAGGCACUUGGAAAGACCUCACCGAAAACGUCAACCGAAUGGCCAACAACCUCACUACUCAUGUGCGUGAGAUUGCCGAGGUCACUACUGCUGUCGCCAAGGGUGACUUGACCAGGAAAGUGACAGCCAAUGUGCAGGGUGAGAUUUUGGAUUUGAAGAAUACCAUCAAUGACAUGGUGGAUCGUUUGAAUAAGUUCGCAUUCGAAGUCAGCAAGGUCGCCAGGGAAGUCGGUACAGAUGGAACUCUUGGCGGUCAAGCCAAAGUUGACAACGUGGAGGGUAAAUGGAAAGAUCUUACCGACAAUGUCAACACCAUGGCCCAAAAUCUUACUUCGCAGGUGCGAAGUAUCUCUGACGUGACGCAGGCCAUUGCCAAGGGUGACCUCAGCAAGAAGAUUGAAGUUCACGCACAAGGAGAAAUCCUCACAUUGAAGGUGACGAUCAAUAACAUGGUUGACCGUUUGGCGAAAUUCGCUACUGAGUUGAAGAGAGUCGCACGCGACGUCGGUGUCGAUGGGAAAAUGGGUGGUCAAGCCAAUGUGGAAGGCAUCGCUGGUCGAUGGAAGGAGAUCACGGAGGACGUCAAUACCAUGGCCGAAAAUCUUACAUCGCAAGUCCGAGCUUUUGGUGAGAUUACUGAUGCUGCCACUGAUGGCGACUUUACCAAGUUGAUCACUGUCAAUGCAUCUGGUGAAAUGGACGAGUUGAAGCGCAAGAUCAACAAGAUGGUUUCCAACUUGCGUGACAGUAUUCAGCGUAACACUGCCGCCAGGGAGGCUGCAGAACAGGCCAAUCGCACCAAGUCAGAGUUUUUGGCCAAUAUGUCUCAUGAAAUUCGAACACCCAUGAACGGUAUCAUUGGUAUGACUCAGCUCACGCUGGAUACCGACGACCUGAAACCAUAUCCUCGUGAGAUGUUGAAUGUGGUCCACAACUUGGCCAACAGUCUGCUGACAAUCAUUGACGAUAUCCUCGAUAUUUCAAAGAUUGAAGCCAACAGAAUGGUUAUUGAAAGCAUUCCGUUUACUGUCAGGGGAACCGUAUUCAACGCACUCAAGACGUUGGCGGUCAAGGCCAAUGAAAAGUUCCUCAACCUCGCAUAUCAAGUGGAUAGCUCUGUACCUGACUACGUUAUCGGUGACCCAUUCCGUUUGCGCCAGAUUAUUCUCAACUUGGUUGGAAACGCCAUCAAGUUCACAGAACAUGGUGAAGUCAAGCUGACCAUCAGCAAAUCUGAGAGGGAGCAAUGUGCUAGAGACGAGUAUGCUUUUGAGUUCUCGGUAUCCGAUACAGGUAUUGGUAUCGAGGAAGACAAACUCGAUCUCAUCUUCGACACCUUCCAACAAGCCGAUGGAUCAACAACACGUCGGUUCGGUGGUACUGGUCUUGGUUUGUCUAUUUCCAAACGUCUUGUUAACCUCAUGGGUGGUGAUGUCUGGGUCACGUCAGAAUACGGACACGGCAGCACAUUCCAUUUCACUUGCGUGGUCAAGCUUGCAGAUCAAUCGUUGAAUGUCAUUAGCUCGCAGCUCAUUCCUUACAAGAACCAUCGUGUUCUUUUCAUCGACAAGGGACACACUGGUGGACAUGCGGAACAGAUUACACUGAUGCUGCAACAACUUGAUCUUGAGCCUCUCGUCGUCAAGGAUGAGGACGAAGUACCUCCACCAGAAAUACAUGAUCCUUCCGGAAAGGAGUCUGGCCAUGCUUACGAUGUCAUUAUCGUGGAUACUGUUGACACAGCUCGGACAUUGCGAACGUACGACGAGUUCAAAUACAUACCAAUUGUCUUAUUAUGCCCAGUGGUGUCUGUGAGCUUGAAGUCUGCUUUGGAUCUUGGUAUCACAUCGUAUAUGACGACUCCUUGUCAACCAAUUGAUUUGGGUAAUGGAAUGCUACCUGCGUUGGAAGGUCGCUCGACACCCAUCACAACAGACCACUCCCGAUCACUCGAUAUUCUACUUGCAGAGGACAACGAGGUCAAUCAAAAGCUGGCCGUGAAGAUUCUCGAGAAAUGCAACCAUGGAGUCACCGUGGUGGGCAAUGGUCAGGAGGCAUUGGAUGCCGUCAAGAACCGGCGAUACGAUAUUAUCCUUAUGGACGUUCAGAUGCCUGUCAUGGGAGGAUUCGAAGCAACAGAUAAGAUCCGUGAAUACGAACGUGAAAACAACCUUUCUCGCACUCCCAUCAUCGCUCUUACAGCGCACGCUAUGUUGGGUGACCGAGAGAAGUGUAUCCAGGCUCAGAUGGACGAAUACUUGUCCAAGCCUCUGAAACAGAACCAAAUGAUUCAAACCAUCCUCAAGUGCGCGACACUUGGAGGAAACUUUAUGGAAAAGAACAAGGAAUCUCGACUCGCAGGACCUAAUGAAGGACAUCUUGCACCUGUCACUCAUCAACAACGUCCUGGAAUGGAAGGUCGAGCAAUCACAUCAGGGCAGAUCAGUACUGAGACUGACAGCCCAGGCACUGAGGAGGGAGGAGAAGUUGAAGUCGACCGACAGAAACUAUUGUUACGGUCCCAUAGCAGCUGAUUUCUCUAUUUUCAUGAUUUCCCUUCAUUGACAGCGACUUGAUUUCACUUUCUUAUUCAGGGCAAGACCCCCCUUUGUCUUCUUAUCUCGGUUCUACCUUCUCACUUCAACCUCCAUCUUGCAUAUCUCUAUUUGUGAUAUCGAUCGUUGUCCCAUGUUUUUUUUUUUUUUUUUUUUCAAAUGCUUCGGUGACAAAUGAGGACCCUAAACUCAUUCCAGAAUCCGUCUAAGCAAUUCCCACGACAGAUGUUUUCUUUACCUAACUAUUCCAUUUCAAUUCUUGUUCCCAAUUUUUAAGUUAGGUCAAAAAAGGUUAUUAUGUAUAACCUUUUCUUUUGGGCGUUAGCGGGUACGAUGGUUGCAUUCCAACUGUUUUUUCCUUUUUUGUUUCUAUCUAUCAUACCCCAAGGUCAAAUCUUUAAUACCUUGAGCGUGAAUUCAGUUUCAGUUUAGGAAUUAUAUUUCUUUUACGGUUAUUGGAUUUUUUGAUCGUGUUUUCCAAAUCUUGGUUGUGGUGUUGAGUAGGAAGGGAUGAUGGAAUUUCAAUCAUCCUGUCAGAGGCGCUUGAGACAACAGAGAUGUAUUCUCUGUUGUUUAUGAAGUAAUGAAAUAUUUAGAAUUUUGAAUUCAAUUUCGUGCAGAUCUAAGAC